UCUCUCCUUUCAUUUCCCUCUUUUUAAUUUGACAUCCUUGGUCCUCCUGCAUGGUGUGUGGAUCAGCCUUCCUGGCUAAUGCAAUUACAAGCCAGCUGUCUCAUCCAAAGAAAAGCAUCAUGGGUCACUUUGUCUGGCAGUGUAUGGAAGUGAACAACACAUUCCUGAUGAAGAAUGCUGUAAAACUUUGUCAAAUACAACCUGACCACAAUAUCCUGGAGGUAGGGUUCGGGGCUGGAAUUGGAUUGCAUGAAGCCACAAAGUUCAUGACGGGCCCGGAGGGCAAGCUGUUUGGUCUGGACCCUUCUGAGUACAUGCACAAAGUGGCACAGGAGCGGCUGGCUUCUCACCUGGGUGCAGGUAAAGUGCACCUUCUGCGGGGGCAGGUGGAGAGCAUUCCCCUACCUGAUAAAUGCAUCCAUGGAGUCUACCACUCCAACUGCCACAUGUACUGGCCCGACAAGACUGCUGCUGCCACCGAGCUACUCAGGGUCAUGAAGCCAGGUGCAAGGAUGGUAGCCACAGUGGACAUGGCGGUCCUCAGGGGUGGGGUCAGGCAGGGCUUCUUCCAGGGCAUGUCUAUAGAAGCAGAGCCUUACAUGGAAGCCCUGAAUGCCGUGGGCUUUGUGGAUGUGCACAAGGUAGAUAAGCAAGAUGGGAGCCGAAACUUCCUGGCCAUCUUUGCUACGGCUCCCCCCACCUCAGAAUGUUCCGGAGCACUGCGAAGCUACGCUGCAUUGAAUUGAAUUAGUCAUUUAGCAGACACUCUUA